AGAAUGGUACAACGAUGUAAAGCUAUGAAUUAAAAAUGUGUUUUAUUGAUAUACUUAUAGUUAAAUAUAAGACGUUUCGUCGUGCUGUUCUCAUCGUAUGAUUUUAAUGAGUAACCAGUCACAAUGAAAUCCCUGGUACUGGACAAUGGUGCUUACACAGCUAAGAUAGGAUACAGUCAUGAGAAAGUCAGUGUUAUACCAAACUGCCAGUUCCGCUCCAAGAGUCUCCGAUUAAAAACCUUCACUGCAAACCAGCUGGAUGAAAUCAAAGACCCGUCCGGACUUUUCUAUAUCCUUCCAUUUCAAAAGGGUUAUUUGGUAAACUGGGAUGUGCAGCGCAAAGUCUGGGAUCACCUGUUUGGAAAGGAAAUGUUUAAGGUGGACUUUGCUGAUACCAACAUAGUGAUAACUGAGCCCUACUACAACUUCACCUCUAUUCAAGAAUCCAUGAAUGAAAUCCUGUUUGAGGAAUACCAGUUUCAGUCAGCUCUAAGAAUCAAUGCUGGUUCUUUGAGUGCACAUAAACACUUCCAUGAAAACAAUUCAGAGCUGUGCUGUGUUGUGGUGGAUAGUGGCUUUUCCUUCACACACAUUAUCCCUUACUGUAGAGGAAGAAAGAUGAAGGAUGGUAUUUGCAGGAUAAAUGUAGGUGGAAAACUUCUCACCAACCACUUAAAAGAAAUCAUUUCUUAUAGGCAGCUACAUGUGAUGGAUGAGACGUAUGUAAUUAACCAAGUAAAAGAGGAUGUGUGCUACGUCUCGCAGGACUUCUUUAAAGACAUGCAAAUUGCUCAGUUAAAAGGAGAGGAAAACCUGGUGAUGAGAGACUAUGUGCUACCCGAUUUUAGUUCGAUCAAAAAGGGUUUCUGUAAGCCUCAAGAGGAGAUGAACUUCACUGGAAAAUAUAAAACAGGAGAGCAGAUUCUGCGUCUCACAAAUGAAAGGUUUGCUGUUCCGGAGAUGUUAUUCCACCCUUCAGAUAUUGGCAUCCAGGAGAUGGGCAUCCAAGAAGCAGUAGUUGACUCCAUUAGCAAAAUGCCUAAUGAAAUGCAGCCUCAUUUCUUUAAGAACAUUGUCCUGACAGGUGGGAACACCUUGUUCCCUGGAUUCAGGGAUCGUGUGUACAGUGAAAUCCGCGCACUUGCCCCUAGUGAAUUUGAGGUUUCAGUAAUACAGCCACAGAAUCCAAUCUGCUACCCAUGGGAAGGAGGAAAGCUCAUGGCAGAAAACCCAGACUUUGAGGAGAUAGUGGUCACGCGGGACGAUUAUGAGGAAAAUGGACAUUAUGUUUGUGAGGAGAAGUUUGACAUUUGAUGAGUGAAUGGCUGUUAAUAGCCAGAAACAAAAAAAAAAAACCUUUUGAUAUUUUUGUACUGUGCUGAAAAUAAAAAAAGAUUUCAUUCUUUAAAAAACAAAAAACAAAAACAAUAGCAAGCUGUGUUUUAUUCCU